UGCAAAUAACACCCAUGCCUGGCAAUCCCAGUCACUACGGUUUGCACCCUAUCGGCCUCAAGACAUCGCCCUCAAACCUCUGCUGUUCGAGGUGCCCAGCAUCACCAUGGACUCCGUCUUCACGGGCCGCGAGUGGCUCUUCCAGGAGAUCGACGCCCACCUCAACAGCCCCAACGCCACCACCAACCGUGGCGUGGUGGUAGUCGGUAACAUCGGCUUCGGAAAGACUGCGAUCAUGUCCCGCCUGGUGGCGCUCAGCUGCCACGGCACCCGCAUGAGACAGAUCGCCUCCGACAGCCCGCAGGCCUCACCCAAACAUGGAGAGGGGCUCCCUCUCACCCAGCCUCAGCCCACGCACGGCACCCUGGGAGGAGGCAGCUGUCCAGGGACCCCUGAGAUGAGGCGACGUCAGGAAGAAGGCAUGAGGAGGCUGGCGUCUCAGGUGGUGGCGUAUCACUACUGCCAGGCGGAUAACGCCUAUACCUGCUUGGUGCCGGAGUUUGUGCACAAUGUGGCGGCUCUGCUUUGUCGCUCGCCGCACCUCGUCGCCUACAGGGAGCAGCUGCUGAGGGAGCCGCACCUCCAGAGCAUCCUGAGCCUGCGCUCCUGCGUCCAGGACCCGCUGGCUUCCUUCAGGAGGGGGGUCCUCGAGCCCCUGGACGUACUUUACAAAGAGAGGAAGAUCAGCUCGGAGGAGGACCUCAUCAUCCUCAUCGACGGUUUGAACGAGGCGGAGUUCCACAAACCGGACUACGGAGACACCAUCGUGUCAUUCCUCACCAAAACUAUCAACAAGUUCCCUCCCUGGCUAAAGCUGGUGGUCACAGUCAGAACCACGUUACAGGAGAUCACCAACGCGCUGCCGUUCCACCGCAUCUCUCUGGACGGCCUGGAGGAAAACGAUGCCAUCGACCAGGACCUGCAGGGCUACAUCCUGCACCGCAUCCACAGCAGCCCAGAGAUCCAGAACAACAUCUCGCUCAACGGCAAGAUGGACAACACCACGUUCGGCAAGCUCAGCGCCCACCUCAAGGCUCUGAGUCAGGGCUCCUAUCUGUACCUCAAGCUCACCUUUGACCUCAUCGAGAAGGGCUACCUGGUUCUGAAAAGCUCCAGCUAUAAGGUGGUUCCAGUCAACCUGGCCGAGGUGUACCUGCUGCAGUGCAACAUGCGCUUCCCCACGCAGUCGUCGUUCGAGCGGGCGCUUCCUCUGCUCAACGUGGCCGUGGCCUCGCUGCAUCCGCUGAACGAUGAGCAGAUAUACCAGGCCAUCAACGCCGGCUCGCUGCAGGGCAUGCUGGACUGGGAGGAUUUCCAGCAACGUGUGGACAACCUGUCUGUCUUCCUGGUGAAGAGGAGGGACGGCACCAGGAUGUUCGUUCACCCAUCCUUCAGGGAGUGGUUGAUCUGGAGAGAAGAAGGAGAAAAGACAAAGUUCCUGUGUGAUCCAAGGAGCGGUCACACCCUUCUGGCCUUCUGGUUUUCUCGGCAGGAGAACAAGCUGAAUAGACAGCAGACUAUUGAACAGGGCCAUCACAUCCUCAAAGCACAUAUCUUCAAGGGUCUCAGCAAGAAAGUUGGGGUUUCCUCAUCUAUCUUGCAAGGCCUGUGGGUAUCCUACAGCUCCGAGGGCCUUUCAGCUGCACUUUCUUCACUCCGAAACCUCUACACCCCCAACAUCAAGGUGAGCCGGUUACUGAUGAUGGGCGGUGGCAAUGUGAACUAUCGUACGGAGGUGCUGAACAACGCCCCCGUCCUGUGUGUCCACUCCCACCUGGGGUACAUGGACAUGGUGGCUCUGCUGCUCGAGUUCGGCGCCUCUGUCGACGCCACGUCUGAAAGUGGUCUGACGCCGCUGGGCUACGCCGCCGCCGGGGGACACAUGUCCAUCGUGACUGCUCUUUGCCGCAGGAGAGCAAAGGUAGACCACUUGGAUAAGAACGGCCAGUGCGCCCUGGUUCAUGCGGCGCUGAGGGGCCACAUGGAGGUGGUGAAGUUCCUCAUCCAGAGCGACUGGAGCAUGGGGCCGCAACAGCAACAACAGUCACCACAGACACAACAACAGGCGGCGUUGACCAAGAGCCACGCGGUGCAGCAGGCGCUCAUCGCUGCAGCCAGCAUGGGAUACACAGAGAUCGUGUCCUACCUGCUGGACCUGCCAGAGAAAGACGAAGAGGAGGUGGAGCGGGCUCAGAUCAAUAACUUCGACACCCUGUGGGGGGAGACAG